AGCAUCAAACAAUUGAUGCUUAUAAUUUUGUUUCUUUUUCCACUUGAAUUGACCAUUCAAGCCUACUACAUAGUUGAUUGGUUAGUUGACUGGUUGGUUGGUUUGUUGGAAAAUUUUUUUUUGUCCGUCAUUCGGGCGAGGCAAAAAGGCCACCAUCAUUUUACCACCUACACUCACCUAUAUAGUUUUAUAUAUGUUCAUUAAAUAGUUUAGAUAAUACGGUGGUGGUUGAAAAGGAACGAAAACUUUUCUAAUUUUGAAAUGAAAUGUCAAAGGUCAUUCAAGUGGAAAGGUGUUGGAUUACCUGCUUCAUCACAAAGAUAUAUCUGCAGGUGUCUCUAUUGUCGAUAUAAUCUAGCUGAUUAUUGUACCGAAACAACAUGGUCCGAUUAUCCUGGUCGGCAUCUUAUACGAUUGGAAAAAUCAUUGAAAAUUAGGCUGCCAUCUAUAUUGGAUUUCCAAUUCAAUGAAACACAUCGGCAACGAAUGGGUUUUUAUCGUCCAGGAAUAUAUCCAAAUCCUAUGGAAAAUCAUUUGAAUAAUAAUAAUCACCAACAGCAGAAGCAUCAGUCACAACCACCAUUUGUUCCAUAUUGUCUACUAAGUUUUACUGUCGAUUAUGGCCAUCGAAUCUAUGCUGAAGGUCUUGCUACCGGACUAAUUACCGGUGGUAAAGAAUGGUUUACGGAAACUUUACAUUUUUCACGGCGAACAUCCACAUCAUCCUCGCCAGCGAUUGGUUUGAAAAAUUCACAACCACCAGAAAUCGGUACAUUUACCAUAUCGACAACAAAAAAUGCCUUAACACUAGUCUUUGAACAACUACAUGUUGGACCAUUUAGUUUUCAUCUAAUUCUAACACCAUUUCGUGAUGCUAAACCAGAAUUCAUGUUUAGAUGUGAAAGUGAACACGAAUAUCAAUGUACAAAUGAAAGAUGUAUAGCUAAAUAUUUAGCCUGUGAUCAUCAUAAUAAUUGUGGUGAUUAUUCGGAUGAACAUAUGAAUUGUAUGUCACGAAUACCUACUUCAUCAUUACCGCCCGGUUUUAUUCCACCGGAUGGAAGAGACAGCGGUGGACGUGAGGAAGAUUAUUGGCCUCCAACAUCACCCUCACAACCACAACAACCUACAUCGCCACAAUUACCAACAUUCCCAAUCGAUUCUGAUUUUGAUACUGAUCGAACACAUGAAAUCGGUGGAUCAUUCGAUGAUGGUGACACGAUACCAGAAUAUAUUGAUGUUCCAUUCCCUGGUAAUGGUGAUCGACACAAAACAACACAUGUUGGUGGACCAACAAAACCAAAACCAAUGAAUGGUUUUCAUGGUGUAGAAGUUCAUACGGGUGGUGGAUUUCUUGGUGAUCUUUUCCGUUUCGAUUCAGAACGUACAUCUAAUGUUGUUAAAGUUGUUCGUUAUCUACUUGCUUUACUGAUCAUUAUCAUUCUGGUUACGUUGAUCAAUUUUCUUAUCUGGUGUUUGAUUACUAAACGUGAUCAAUCAUUUAUGGCAACAGCAUCAUCACCAGCACCUGUAGAAGGAUCUACAACUGGUGGUGGUAGUAGUCCACCACCGUCAUCAUCACAACAGCCACAAUUACCGCCGAUUUCAGUAAUAUCGGUUUAAUCUGUCGGUAAUCUAGCAUUUUUUUGUAUUAUAAAACGACAACCAAGAAACUUAUUUUAAGAACGAAAAAACUUAUUAUUGAUUAUAAUUUCCUAUCUAUAACAAUAUCAUGUUUUGAUAAAUUGUUUUUCUUUUUAUUA